AUGAUAAGAGAUGUCAACAAAGUGAAACGCGUUGACUUUUGUACGAGGAUGCUGGAAGAUUUUACGAGCUUUUCCGAUUGCGUUUUCACUGAUGAGAGCACCUUUCAAGGUUUUGCACGAUUGAUCCAGGACAAUGCACCACCUCAUAAGAGUCGCUUUACACUCGAGAAGCUGAAGGAGUGGGAUCUGGACACACUAGAAUGGCCUGCCGAAUCCCCCGAUUCAAAUCCAAUUGAGCUUGUAUGGGGAAAUAUGAAAAAAUUCAUAAGUGCUAAAAACGUUAGGACUUUGGACGAUCUCAAAGUGAGGAUAGUACAAUACUGGAAAGGACUGACCCCCGAUGUAUGCAAAAAGUAUGUUCUUGGAGUUCGGAAGAAGCUUGUACGUGUUAUCGAACAAGGAGGACAAAACAUCUUAGAGAAUAGAUAA